AUGGGUGAAUAUGGGCCUCAUGGGCGCUGUGAAUGGGAGGCAGACUGCUGCCUGGCACCUGCCCCUGGGACAGGCCCUGCCGCUACUCUAGAAGCAAGCCAUUGUGAGGCAGCGGCUGAAGCUGCGGGCCGCGGGGACGCCGGGCGCCCCGAGGAGGCGGGGACCCUGAGGGGCCCGGAGCGCGGGCGGCGGCAGGGUCCCCAGGAGACACUGGCCGGGCGGGGGGACCCGCGCGGCGCCCGGCCCGCGAAGCCGCUCCCGUCGCGUCAGGGUGGCAGUGCGUUCUAUUUGAGCAGGACUCCGGGAGCGGCUCCGCCCACGGCCCGCGGGAGGCGGGCUCGAGACGGGCCGGGGGUGCCCUCAGGGCCGCUGGGGCGGACGCCGCUCCGUCCGCGGCGCCCGGUCAGCGCUGCCCCUCGGGCCGCGGGCCGCGCGGACCCCCCGAGCGCCCCCCGCCACCCGGAGGGCCUCCGCCUGGCCCUCAAGAGGCGGGUCCGAGACGUCAGAGCCUCCCCGGGCCGUCGUCAGGGCAGCCCCGGCCAUCACAGUCUUUGCUGCCCCUCGGGCCGCGCGGACCUCCCCCAUGAGCGCCCCCCGCGACCCCGGCCCGCGCCUCAGGAGGAGCGCCCGGCCCCGCCCGGCCUCGUCGGCUCGCUCUCUCUCCUCUCCCCCUCACUCACUCACUCUCCCUCUCCGUCUCCCUUUCUCCCCUCCCCCCCUCCCUCCCUCUCUCUCUCCCGGGCGUUUUCUCCCCGCGUGACCCGGGCCGCCUGCGCGCAGCCCGACUGCCUCAGCAAAAUCCAGAACCUGACCUUCGAGUGGCGCCCGGGCUGCGCCGCGCUCGCCCACGAGCCGUUCGCCGUGAAAACCCGCGCCACGCUCGCCGCCGCGUGCCCGGGCUACCGCGGGGCACAGAUCAAUAAUACCCAGACAAUGAAGAAAAUAAGGAAAAGACAAAUCAAAGCAAAUGAGUGCCUGGAACAAGUCAUAUCCUUGAAACAACUGUGGCAGCGUCUCAGUCGCAUUUCGUAAAAACAAAAUGAACCUUCAGUAAAGUCACAUUUCACAGCAA